AGGUUAAGGCGGGCAGCACCCCCCGGAUCGCCCUCCCGAGCCCCUCAGGGAACCCCCUCCCGUUCCCUCAUGGUCCUCACAGACCCUCCCAGCCCCCUAAAAUCCCCCCCUCUCAGAACCUCCCCCUCUGCCCCCACCCAGCCCCUCAUCAGGGUCCUCACAGACCCUCCUGGCCCUCCAAAAUCCCCCCCUCAGAGCUCCUACCCCGCCCAAGCCCCCCAUGGAUCCCUGUAAGCCCUUUAGGGACCCCCAUUCCCUAAUGGGUCCUCUCAGUCCACCCCCUCAAAUCCUCCUCUCAGAGCCUCUCCCACUCCCCAGCCCCCCAAAGCUCCUCAUGGACCUCCAAGCCCCUUGGGCCCCCCACGUUCCCUCAUCAGGGUCCUCACAGACCCUCCCAGCCCCCCAAAAUCCCCUCCCUUAGAGCUGCACCCUCCAUUCCUACUGCCCCCCCUCCCAGCCCUUCAUGAGCCCUCUCAGGGUCCUCACAAACUCUCCAAGAACCCCCCAUUCAGAGCCCCCCCCACUCUCACAGCAUUCCCAUGGCCCCCCAAACCCCUCAGGACCCCCCAGUCCAAUGAAGCCUCUCAGAGCCCUCCCAGUCCCUCCCCUCUCUGGUCAGAAACCACCCUCAGGUCCCACUCAAGCCCCCCAUUCCCCUCAGCCCCCUCCAUAAUCCCCCGAGGACCCCCCCAAAUCCCCUUCAUAGCACCCUCUGGCAUCCCUAAUUCCCUCAGCGCCCCCAAAAUCCCCCUGAGAGCAUUCCCUGGCACCGCUGAUUCCCUCAGUGCCCCCCCAAAUCCCCCUCAGAGCCCACUCCAAACUUCCCAGUCCACUCAUGACCCCUCCAAGGCCCCCUGAUCCCUUCAGGAUCUCCCCAAACGCCCCUCUGGAGUCAUUCAGAGCCCCCCAGUCCCCUCAGGAGCCCUCCAAGUCCCCUUCAGAGCCAGCUUAUCCAGAGAGAUGCUGGGGUUAUUGUUAUCCAAAACACCCUAAACAUUAAUUAAAGUUAAGCACAAAUGAAUUCAAAAAUGCUUUCAGUGUUUUGGGUCUAGCCAGGCAAACUGCAUCGUUAUUUGUUAAGAAAAAAAAUAUUCUUUACAGCUCUAAGUCUUUAAAAACAGCCAACAUCUAAGUACAGUUUCUGGUGAAUGUUAUUUGGCGAGUAAUAUUUAGCAUAACCUUUAUGUUUUCUGCCUUCUUUCAAGAUGAAAUCUGCAAUGAGUAAACGUAAGCUGAAGGACACCUGUGGAGCAAGUGCUGAGUGCAUUUCACAGGUGCAAAAGAUUCUACGUGAAAGGUUCUGUCACCGUCCCAGUGCUACUGGAAAACUGUUUGGGAUUGAAUUCCAGUACAGGCAUUUGCUGGAGCUGCUGAAAAGAACCACCUUGCAUGGAGAGAGUAAUUCUGCCCUCAUCGUUGGGCCCAGAGGAUCAGGGAAGACCACGUUAUUAAAUCACGUCUUAAAAGACCUCAGGGAAAUGAAACAAGUUAGAGGGAACCUCCUGGAAGUUCACCUGAAUGGGCUCCUGCAGACGAGUGAUAAAGUGGCCCUGAAGGAGAUCACCAGGCAGCUGCAGCUGGAAAACGUGGUUGGGGAUAAAGUCUUUGGCAGUUUUGCUGAAACCCUCGCGUUCCUCCUGGAAGCUUUGAGGAAAGGAGACCGAACCAGCAGCUGCCCAGUGCUGUUUGUCCUGGAUGAGUUCGACCUGUUUGUCCAUCACAAGAACCAGACCCUGCUCUACAACCUCUUUGACAUCUCCCAGUCAGCACAGACUCCAGUCACCAUCAUCGGGCUCACCUGCAGGCAGGAUAUCCUGGAGCUCCUGGAGAAGAGAGUAAAAUCAAGGUUCUCUCACAGACAGAUAUAUUUGAUGAAUUCCUUUGAUUUUAAACAGUACAUUAAGAUAUUUAAGGAGCAGCUUUCCCUUCCUGCUGAAUUUCCUGAUGAGCCUUUUGCACAGAAAUGGAAUGACAAUAUUCAGCACCUCUCAGAGGAUAAAAUUGUGCAGGAUGUGCUGCAGAACCUUUUCCACCACACCAAGGACCUGCGCUCGCUCUAUUUCCUCUUGAUGCUGGCUGUCAGUGCAGUGACUGUGCACCACCCCCUGCUCACGGCAGCAGACCUGCAGGAGGCCAGCAGGCAGCACAGCACCGACUCCAAGGCCAACAUCGUGCACGGUUUGUCCGUGCUGGAAAUCUGCCUCAUCAUAGCCAUGAAACACCUGAAUGAUGUGUAUGAUGGAGAACCCUUUAACUUCCAGAUGGUUUACAAUGAAUUCCAGAAGUUCAUCCAGAGGAAAGCACACUCCAUGUACAACUUCGAGAAGCCAGUUGUCAUGAAGGCCUUUGAACACUUGCUGCAGCUGGAGUUGGUGAAGCCCCUGGAAAGGCCGUCGGCGCGAGCGCAGCGGGAAUAUCUCCUGAUGAGGCUGCUGCUGGACAACACCCAGAUCAUGGAUGCCCUGCAGGUGUAUCCCAACUGCCCCACGGACGUGAAGCAGUGGGCAGCCUCCUCCCUCAGCUGGCUCUGAGCUCCUGGCACAGCAGAGCUCCAGCAGGGAAGUGCCAGUGCCAGGAGAGGGAACGUUACCCACAGGAGUGCGUUUGGAUUAAUGAAUUCUUGGAAGAAGCCUCCCGCGCUGAUCCAUCUGGGAUGGAUUUGAAGGAGAACCACGCUGAUGUUGUCUCCCAGCGGCCGGAACUGUGACUGACUCCAAGGCUCGGGUGGUUUAGCUCAGCUCGGUGCCAACUUCUCCUCAUUGCACACAGUCUGCACUUGGAGAAAUCCAACUCCUUGGAGUUUCUCCCUCCGGAUCCUGGCUCAGGACACGCUGCCCUCCCCGUUCCGGUGUGGCCCCGGCAGUCCUGCAGCACAGCCACACCAGCCCACCUGUACUUCUCCUCCUCAAAUCUGACUUGACCUGGAAAAUUUACUCAAUUAAAUGUGUAAUCACAGCAAAAUUUACCUAAUUAAACCUUUUAAUCCCAACAAGCUUCAGCUGCAAAUGGUGGUUUGUGCCACCUUCUGCCGUUUCCAGCCGAAGCGUGAUGUGAGCAGUGUAUCCCGGCACCAGGACGGUGUGGGAAUGCCGAUGGAGCCGGCUGGGAACGCUGCCCUGGACUUUGCUGUCAGCUCUGGGGUGAGAAGUCCUUUGCAGUCCAAGGGUUUUUGAUUUUCCUCUUUGCUUCACAGAGGUGCUGUCUGCACACCUGCACAUCCCGAGGGGCAGAGCAGGGGAAGAAUCCUGGAAUGGUUAGGGCUGGAAGGGACCGAGAUCUUCAUGAUCCAGGUCCUGUAAGUGAUGCCACUGCUGCGCACUUUGUAUGAGAUUUUCCCGCAGCAGCUCUUCUCCAGGAAGGAAAGUGUGGAUUCAGCCAACCCCAAUCUCCCUGUUUGAGUGGAGCUCAUGUAGUUCCAGCUGGCCUUGGAAAAUGGGAGGGGUUAUCCACUGCUUCCUGGGGAGCUGGGGGACAGGCAGCUCUCAGGGAAGUGGUUGCUUUGCCCAUCCCUGGAGAAGGAAGAGGCAGCCAAGCCCUGACCUCGGGCCGCAGCAGUGGGAAUAUCAGUGGCAGUGUGUGCAAUUCCCAACACACGGCUUCUCCCUGCCCUUGGCAGCAGCUGGCACUGCCCUGGGAACAGCGUCUCACCCUCCUCAGUGCACUGCAAAUAGGGAUAAAAAACAAGGGAUAAAAUAUAGGGAAUGCUGGCGUGUCCUGACACAGAAGAGGUGAGUUUUCCCUCAGAAGUGCUGGAGUUGAGGCAGAUUCUCCCUUUGCUUCUCACCAUAUUUGACCUGUAACACUGCCCCUUUCUCUUUUUUUUGCCACAAAACUCCCAGUUUGGCUCGAGAACAGCCCCACCUGUUGAAAACCAGUUUAAAAGGAGGCAUUUGCAAGUCAGAGUAGUCACAUUUUUUUAUUUUCCCGUUGGGGGAAUAGGGCAGAGUAUACAUUUGUAUUUGUACAAUAUUUAACAAUCACUUUAUUGAGGGUUGGGGGGGAAGGGUUGGUUGGUUUUUUUAGCACUUGCAGAAACCCAGCAAGUACCUUUUGACAGUAGUACAACAACCUGUGCCCAAAACACUGACAAAUACAGAGAGGAAAGGUAAAGAAAUCGCUCCCCAAACUCGAGAGGGAACGAAGAGGAGAUGGACUGAAACAAAAUGAAAGGAGGAGGGAGAACAAAAGCAGUUCCUGCUGGUUGAGUAUCUGAGGUAACAGAUGUUCCAUCAAGGAUGCUACUGGAGUCCUGUUGCCCAUGGAUGUGUAUUGCAGCUUCCUGUGUUUUGUACCAGAAAUGUCUUACAAGAGGUUCAAAAACCUGGAGGAGGAGCAGAGGGGGGGCCCUACCGGUGGUGUCAGUGCUGAGGUGAGCAGGACCUGGCUUGUCACACCCAGAGCUGGCCUUGGAGCACUGCACCCGCCUGCCUUGGGUAUUUCCAUGUUUCUGGUGGGGUUUGGGAAUAGCCCAGGAAUAUGGCAGCGCUGGUUGAGCACCCCCCGUGGGCCUGGGCUGAGGGGGAGCGUGAGCAGAGUCGUGCAGGACGGGGACAGGAACUUCUCAGCCUCUCACACAGAAACAACACCUGGGGCUCAGGGGCCACUCCAGGGCCAUCCCUGCACUUGGAGCCAGGGGACAGGCAGGGCCAAUGCCACGGUAUUCCCUAGCACCAGGCUCCCUGGAUCCUGCCCUGGCAGCUCAACUCAGUCAAUGCUCCAGAAGCGAAAGCAGAAUUCAUGUCCAAACCCCUGUGAGAGCAGCUGGACAGGACAGCCCAGGGGAGACCAGUCUGACCGGUUCAAAAGCAUUUCCAAGGAGCAGCCUGUUCUCAGGGACGCUACAUCACGCUGUUAAAUCCCAGGAAACGGGAGCAGGACAAGAACUGAGCUGGGAUAGCCAAAGGCAGAGUGAAAAGGCAGAGGUACAAGUGCUGUGAGAACCCGAGUUUGAGGGAAACACAAACGAUGGACGUUUUACACGUGCUCAGGGUUUGCAUCAGAUCUCAGGGAGCACGGAAUUAAACUCCGUUUGCUCCAGUUUUGCUCCUUGGGAGCCCAGAGGUCUCAGGGAGUACAAGUGGGUUGGGAUUUGUUCAGAACUCCGUUCCUGUCCUGUGUGUGUGGGAAGUUAAAUUAAAACUGGAUUAAAAAGGGAAGUGUCACAAAGUGGAAUUCUCCCCCUUCCCGAAGUCCCCUUGGAGCAGGUCCCUCAGGCACAGCCGUGACCAACAGCCACACAGCCCUGGGUGGAACAUCAGCCCUUCCCUCCCUCCCUGUAUCCAUCACAUCCCACUGUUCCCAGGGAAGAAGUCCCCUCUCAGGGCUGCACAGAUCCACGCUCCAGCCACCCUGCCGUGAGCUCCCAGCUGCACUGUUAAAGCUGUUUUCCAAAGACACGGACUGGACAGACAGGGAGAACACGGACACACACUCAGCACGCCAGGGGCCGCUGCCGGGUCUGCGCUCCAAUUCCAACAUUUAUUGGACUUGGAAUUUUGGGUGAAGGCUCCGAUAAACGUGGGGAGCCAGCACUGGGAGCAGCACUGCGGCACCCAGCUCCCAGUCACCCUAAUUCCAGCACGAGGUGUGACAUCCUGAACUCCGGUGUUGGAGCUGGGAAAGCCACUUCCACGUUUUUCCUCCUUUUUGGCGAGUCUGUGCUGUGGAUAUUUGUUACCUCGGAAUGGUCGUUGCGCACCGUGAGCACAACUAAUUAUCCCUGAAAUUUCGCAUCUGGAAUCUGGAGCCAGAACUCUUUGUGUGACUCCAGGAUAAACCUGUGGAUCACAGGGAGCGUGAGCUGCACUCCUGUGGGAUGGCACAAGCUUCGAGUGGAGGGAAUUGCAAAUAUUCCAAGCAGAGAGUGAGGAACUGGGGGGGAACUGAGCUUCCUGAGGUGAUCCUGGAACAGGGACACAGCCCCCACUGUUUGCUGGGACAGGGAACACGCGGCGACCUCGGCACGAACAUAAAUAGGAAAAAAAAGACUUUUUUUUUAAAAAAAAAAAAAAAAAGGAACAAGAAUUCAGAGCUUUCCAGUGUCACAGCUCACAGAAAAUUAAAAAAAAAAAAAAAAGUCAUGCUUAAGUUUUCAAAUAUUCCUCAGACACAGCAAACCUAAAUAGUAUCAGUUAAAUAAAUGGAUGAGAUACUCUGGGAAACAGAGGGAAAAGCUUUCAACUAAAAGAGGAAGGAAAAUUUUUCUCUCAAUAAACAGCACUUUUUUUUUUUUUUUUUAUACACAACAAGCGAGUACAAGAAAAGGCUAAAAAACACGGCUCUGGGAAUGGCCAUUCCUGGGGGCACCUUCCCCUUCUUAAAUAACACAGGGAUGGGGAAUAACAUCAUUUACAAAACACGGAGCGGUUCAUUAUCCCAAUUAGUGUUGUCGACGAUAAUUUAGGAGGUGGAACUGAGGUAUACCUGGUUUUGAGGGAGGUUAAGUAAUACUUGGAAGCCUCUUUGCUCUAUCCCAUUGAUUCCUCUCGUUUCUGUACACGGAACAGCAGCACACGGAACAUUCACAAGCUGUGUCGUAGUCGCGUCACAACGAGUCAUUUUGAUAGAAACGACGACGAAUGCAAUAAAAACAAAGUUACCCUUU